AUGACAAGAUCUAGAUCAAGGUCACCACGAUGGAAACCAAGGUCCUUGUCGCCAGCAUUUAGGAGUCCAGAGCAUCAUAGGCAAAGGCAUGCUCAUACUAAUUAUGACUGUGAAUAUAAAAGCUUUCGUAAGGACCCAAAGAAACCUAUGCCUUGGAGAACAGAAGAUGAAAAAUAUGGACAAAGCAAUUCCAGGUUUGCGCCUCAUGGAAAUAACCACCAGAGAAUGUACGAACGUAGAUCACCUUCACCAAACCUGAAAAGAAUUCCCAUGGAAGAUACUUACAGUCAUAAGCCCUACAGAACACAUUUGUCUGAAAGAACUGAAAGCAGUAGGAGAUGCCAGUUACCACCAAAAUACUCGGAAAUACCAUAUAAAGAGCAUGAUCGUCCAUUUUACCAGCACAAAACGGAAGAAAGAUACAUGUUUGAGCACUACAAAGUCACUGGAAAUGAAAAAGGAAUGAAAUCUUUUCAUAGACCGUUAGGGGCUUCAUGUAAACUUGAAAGAAAAUGGCAUGAAGAUGACUUGAGGCACCAGAGGUUACAUGAAGAGAAGUAUGGUCAGUCACCCAGAAGAGUUUCUGAUGAAUUUACGGCAAGGAGCUCUUUACAGAAGAGGUAUCCUGAAGAUCACGAUUACAGAGAAUAUGGGCACACGUCUAAAAGGGCUAAAGAAAUGGAGAGGUAUGACGGUGGAGAAGUAGCAAGAAAUUCCAAGUGGAAGCAAGAACGUUCUUUUCCACCCUACCAAGAAAAGGAGGAGCAAAGAAAUCUGGGUGCCCAGUCCCACCGAUCGGCUGAAAGGGAGUACUCAGAGGCUACCUUUGUGACAGAACCCUAUGAGUACAGUCACAAACGGCGCAGGCAUCUGGAUGCGGAAAAGCCUUUUUCAGAUGAUAGAGCUCAGAAGUACGUGAAGCAGGAAGACCAGAAAUACGGUUCUUCUAAGGGUGCCCGGAAUAGCAAAGAGUUAGAUUACUUUAGUAGUGGAAGAGUGAGAUGGACUGAAGAAGGGCACAUUGAAGUACCUGUUGUUAAAUAUAGUUCAAAGAAGGGCUGCAAUGCUUGUGUUAACUCUUCCAAAAUGGAUGCUGAUCUGAGAUCUUUUAAAAACAAACCGAAGGAAAGAGUAAGGGAAGAAGGGGAAUUCAGGAAAAAAGUAAAUUCCUCUGAUAGCCAGCAUGAUUCAAGUCAUACUGUUUCAGAUGUGAAACUGUCAGAUGUCAACUGUAGGAGGGAACGUCUCACAAUCAAAGUGGAUAUGAAGAAAAUGGUGACCAAGUACAGGACUGCUUCUAGUCAUACUACAGAGAGACAGAUGUCCCAUGAUCUGGUCGCUGUUGGCAGGAAAACUGAAAAUUUUCAUCCGGUAUUUGAGCACAUGGAGUCUGUAACACAAAAUGUUGAAAAUGACCCAUCCAGAGAAUUUACUCAGGAAAUAAUCACAAUUAUCCAUCAAGUUAAAGCAAAUUAUUUUACGUCUUCUGACAUAACUCUACAUGAACGGUUCUCAAAAAUUCAGGACAAACCAAUUGCAAAUAUGAGUGAAGUUAAAAUACAUUUGGAUCCAGAAAUUCACAGGAGGAUUGACAUGUCUCUAGCAGAACUUCAGAACAAACGAACUGUGCCAUCUGAAUCUCCCCAGAAUAUUAUGAGAGUGUUAGAAGAUCCAAAUGAUCUACGGCACGAUAUAGAAAGGAGGAGAAAAGAGAGAUUGAAGAAUGAAGAUGAGAGAGUGUUUCAUGUAGAUGGUGUAACUCCAAGGAACCAGCAAAGCUGCAAUCUUUCAAAAUUACAAAACUCUCAGCUUGAUGGCUUCCAAAAGCCUAUGAGGUUCAUUAAGCCACCUUUCAGGAAAUUUAUUGGGAAACCUCACCUGAAUUCUUACUAUUCUUCAAAACCAAGUGAUACUUACCCUCACAGACGCAUUAGAGGACACCUUGAAAAUGCAGGACCCAUCAGAAGAUCCUUUAAGAGCAACUUUGCAGAUGGCCGUUUGCAAUCCCAUUAUAAAUCAGGCUUAGUACAGAAGGGUUUAUAUAUUCAGGCUAAGUACCAGCGGUUACGUUCUUUUGGUGUAAGGGGAUUUACCACUAAUAAAUUCAGAGAUGGAUUUUUGAGGAAAGAAAAGGGAAAUUUAAAUAUUGCAACAGAAACCUGAACUGAGCUGUGAUCCUGAAGUUGAAACAGAUAACACAGCAAAGCGAAUGUCUGUUCAUUUUUUGACAACUUUGUCAAGACUUAAAAUAAGAUAAAGGAACUAACCCUGUAACUUUCUUGAUAAAAAAUAACUUUAUUUUUCAGUAGUGGAAUACUGCAAAACUUUUUUACAGUUUUAAUAAUUGCUUUUAAAGUACAGUAUUCGAUUGAAACAUUGUAGUAUGUACCUUUAGUUCCUUUUGCAUACCAGUCUCAAGUAAAGAAGUUGUUGAAGGGAGUCUUAUUUAUUGAAUACUUUUUCCUCUAAGUAUGAUGUUACAGAUGGAACUUGAGUUGUUAUACCCAGAGGUUUAUAUGUUGAAAGAUUAUUGCUUAUGUAAUAAAAAAAAAAAGGAAAAAAAAAAGUGC